AUGGACCCAGCGUUGCACGCGGCUGCGGUGCAGGGGAGCGUGGCGAGCCUGAGGAAGCUGGCGGCCGAGCGCCCCGACAUCCUUGGCUCCAAGACGCCCCAGGAGAACACCGCACUGCACAUCGCCGCGGAGCUCGGCCAUGCCGGCUUCGCGGAGGAGGCCCUGGGUUUGGACCACAAGCUGCUCGUCAGCAAGAACGCCGACGGCGACACGCCGCUGCACCUGGCGGCCAGGUCGGGGAAGGUGGGCGUGGUGGAGCUGCUCAUCGCACACUCCUUCGCCACUGCGCGGGAUGGACAGACCGGGGAACCUUCCCCGAGCACUCCUGGUAGCGCGGUGGCGCAGGGGCCUCUGUUGAUGGCCAACAAGGCCGGCGACACCCCGCUGCACCAGGCCGUGCAGCACGGCUGGAGCGCCGUGGCGCUCAAGCUGCUGGACGCCGAGCCCAGCUGCGGCCACGCGCUCGACGCGAAAAAGCUGUCGCCGCUGCAUAUCGCCGCCCGGGAGGGCCUCGCGGACGUCGUGAGCAAGAUUGUCAGCCAUCCCUGGGUCCGUGAGAGGUUUGUACCCUCCGACUCUGUCAGCGGCACCGCCCUGCACCAGGCCGUCCUCGGCGGCCACAGCCGUGUGGUGGAGAUAUUGCUCGAGGCGACGCCGGAGGAUCAGAUCGGCUGA